AUGGCAGCCUGCGAGAAACCAUGGACAAUCAUCGUCGGCGCUGGUCCUUCUGGUCUGCUUCUCGGCCUGAUGCUAGCAAAAAAGGGUAUCACUAUCCAUAUCCUGGAAGCUGCUGGAGAAUUGGACGACUCUCCUCGCGCUGCGUACUAUGGCCCUCCUGCCGCCUAUGAGUUACGACGUGCUGGAGUCAUUGAUGACAUUCGAAAGGAAGGCUUUGAUCCCGUAAAGACAUGUUGGAGAAAACUCGACGGCACCUACCUUGCUGGUUUCGACAACAGUCUCAUGCACGGAGAUCCAGAUCGACUAGCAUGCCUGCCAUUGGCCCAACUUGACCGAUUACUUUACAGACAUGCCAUUCAGCAACCGACACUGAAAGUGUUCUUCAACCACAAAGUAGUAGAUGUCGGCCAGGACGACAACAAGGCAUGGGUGGAUGUCGAAACCCCAGAAGGCCAGAAACGCCUCGAGGCAACGUACAUCGUUGGGUGUGACGGUGCAUCGAGCACAGUCAGAAGAAAGCUUUACGGUGCUAAGGAUUUCCCUGGCUAUACCUGGGACAAACAGAUCGUGGCGACCAAUGUGGCAUAUCCUUUCGAAAAAUUCGGAUAUGAUGAUGCCAAUUUCUUCAUCCACCCGGAGCACUGGCAUAUGGUCGCCCGCCUCACCAAAAAUGCAGACGGCAGCGGCUGGUGGCGAGUGAGCUACGGCGAGAUCUCUGGACUCUCUCGAGAAGAACUGAUUGCGCGCCAACCCAUGAAAUACGAGGCCAUGUUGCCCGGCCACCCCAAGCCUGGAGAGUAUAACCUCGCAGCAAUCAGCCCGUACAAGAUCCACCAGCGGCUAGUAGAGAAGAUGCGAGUCGGCAGGUUUAUGCUCGCUGCAGAUGCUGCACACAUCUGCAACCCUUUUGGUGGUCUCGGCCUUACGGGUGGCCUAGUGGAUAUCGGGGGUCUAUAUGACUGCAUGAUUGGCGUGUAUGAGGGCAAGGCAGAUGAAAGUAUACUGGACAAAUACUCCGAGAUGCGUCGACAGAGAUACCAGACAGUCACGGAUCCCAUUUCCACAGACAACAUCAAGCGGCUGUUCGACCAGGACCCGGAUAAGGCCCUCGAGAACGACUCGUUCUUGAAGAUGCUGAAGGACAUGGAGGACGAUGUGGAGGCCCAGCGAGAGUUCAUGCGGUCACCAAUGGCGCUUCGGUACGACUUUACUCAACAUUACAAGACCAGCGACGCCACGAACGGGACUCGGGAAAGCGGCGUGAAGAAUAGCGCCGUCACCUCGCAUGUGGAGCAGAUUGCGGCAGGGGGAGCGGAUUAA